GUCGGAGCCAACCCACAUACGAAGAUUCAUCAUGUGUCUCUCAAUCACUCAUCGCGUAAUUUGAUGCAACGGUGUUUGCAACAUCUCAAAGUUUAAAUAGAAAUAAACAAGAAUAUUAUCAAUUAGACAGUUCGAAAUAGCCGAUACGUUGGCUAUGCCAGGUUGAUUUUUCAGAAUUUACUGCAAAAAUGUCGAUAAUAUUUACACCGACGAAUCAAAUAAGACUGACGAACGUUGCUGUCGUUCGCAUGAAGAAAGGUGGCAAGCGAUUUGAAAUUGCCUGUUACAAGAAUAAAGUAAUAUCCUGGAGAAAUAAAUUAGAAAAAGAUAUUGAUGAAGUACUGCAAACGCAUACAAUAUUCACUAAUGUAUCAAAGGGUCAGGUGGCAAAGAAGGAAGAUCUCAUAAAAGCUUUUGGCAUUGACAAUCAGACUGAAAUAUGCCAACAGAUUCUUGCCAAAGUUUCCAUGAUCGAGAAUGCCAUGAGAGAGGAAAUACAUUUUUCCGUUAAACCUAAUCGGAAUGCCAAUAUGUCCUUUUCUACGUCCUGGCCACAUACAAAACGUUUUUCGUAA